UAUUUAUUAUUAUUUAUCGUCCAAGAUUGAAAACCAAAGAAAGGUAGAGAAGGAAGAAAGAGAGAAUGGCAGCCUCAGUUAUGGCUUCGGUGAGCUUGAAACCAUCUACUUUCAGGGUUGAAAAAUCUUCAGUGAGAGGUCUUCCAACUCUCUCAAGGAGAAGUUUCAGAGUCGAGGCCAGUGCUCGCAAGAAGUUAAACACUGAUAAGCCAUAUGGAAUCAGUGGUGGCAUGAACCUCAGGAAUGGCGCUGAUGCCUCUGGAAGGAAGGCUAAGGGAAAGGGUGUAUACCAAUUUGUUGACAAAUAUGGAGCCAACGUGGAUGGAUACAGCCCUAUCUACGACACAAGGGACUGGUCUCCAAGUGGUGAUGUUUAUGUUGGGGGAACUACAGGUUUGGCAAUAUGGGCAGUGACACUAGCUGGGCUUCUUGCAGGAGGAGCUCUUCUUGUUUACAAUACAAGUGCUUUGGUACAGUAGCUUACUUCUAUUUUGGUUUUUGUUAAUUAUGUAUAAUUUUAUCUCCUCAACAAACUUCCCAAAACCAAUACCUUGUGCAUCCCUAUUUGUAAUUUCCUAUUUCCUAUGGACUUGGUAACUCUUCAUGUGCAUUUCCUAUAAACCUUUAUUACUACUAUUAUUAUUAUUAUUAUUAUUUUGGUUGCUUUAGCAAUCAA